UGAGCCCGUGUUCACCUACCUGUCUUGCUAAAGCUCGAAGUACCUCCAGGUCCCCAGCUAUUCCUCCAUCUCAUUAUGAUUAUGAUAAUUAUAUUACACGUACUUGCAAUCUUUUUCUUCUUCUGCGAUGCCACUGCGAGGUGGGAUGAAAUUAAAUAAGAUCCCAUUGUAUUGGUGUAUUUGUACUUCGAUGGAUGUUUUUCGGACAACUCGAGAAGCGUCGUCGUCUAGUGAAUUAAAUUCUUUUUCUAAUGUUUGUGAUUUUUACAAAUCCCAGUAAGCUUCUAUUUAUUAUUUAUAAUACAUAAUAUAAUGCAAAAUCUAUUUACAGUUAUUAAAUUACAACGAGGAUCAUUUUAUUAAGCACUUUAUGUAGUCUGUGUCGGAGGCUAAAACAUCGAGAAGCUAAUGGUUGUAUAAAAAAUAAAAAAUUUGAAAUUGAGUUUGGUUGAACAGUUUUGACUAUGAGUAAUCUGACUGAGAAAAUUUAUUUACCAGUGUAAAUGUGAAGCAAUUUAUUUUCAAAGUAAAUUGAAAUUAGUAAAAUUUUAUUGCGUGUGUUAUGUACAUAGUUCUUAAAUGCAAUUUUUGUUUGUUAUGUGUUUAUGAUCUCAUGACAGAAGGCCUUGCAAUACGCAUAGAUUUACAGAAAAAAAUAAUACAAAUGUGUUGUUUUGAUAGAUAAUGGAUCCAAGAAUGUGUAGGAAAAUCAGUAGUAGUGAAAGUCUUCCAGAUGGUGAUAAUGUGGAGUAUGAGAUAUCAAACGUCAUUGCAGCGCAAGAGAGCGACGAUAACUUUAUGCUGGAUGGAAGUCCGGAACUCCAUUCCGUGACAUGGCUGGACGAUGAGCAGAUAGAAGAUUUAGAUCUUAAUUUAGAGCAAACCAACUUGUGCUUUCAUAGAGUCGAUAGUGCUGAUAUUAUAUACAGAAGCAGAAAGAAAAAAUGUAAAAUGGUUGGAAAGUAUGUCAUGGGUGAUGUUUUAGGAGAAGGUUCAUACGGAAAAGUCAAAGAAAUGUUAGACUCGCAAUCUUUAUGUAGGCGAGCCGUAAAAAUUCUUAAAAAGAGGAAAUUAAGAAGAAUACCAAAUGGUGAACAAAAUGUACAGAGAGAGAUACAAUUACUAAGAAUCCUUAGACAUAAAAAUGUGAUAGAACUAGUCGAUGUUAUCUAUAAUGAUGAGAAACAAAAGAUGUAUCUUGUUAUGGAAUUCUGUGUUGGAGUAUUACAGGACAUGCUGGAGUCAAGUCCCGGUAAAAAGUUUCCUCAAAGACAAGCUCAUGAUUACUUUCUACAGCUGCUGGACGGAUUAGAUUACUUACAUGGGCAGGGUGUUGUACAUAAAGAUAUUAAACCAGGAAAUUUACUUCUGACACUGGAUCAAACUCUCAAAAUCACAGAUUUUGGUGUUGCUGAGGCAUUAGACAUGUUUUCACAGGAGGAUAUAUGUUACACAGGACAGGGCUCACCUGCAUUCCAGCCUCCAGAGAUAGCCAAUGGUGCUGAACAAUUUUCUGGAACUAAAGUUGAUAUAUGGAGCAGUGGAGUUACAUUGUACAACAUGACAACAGGGAGGUAUCCGUUCGAGGGUGACAACGUGUACCGAUUGCUGGAGGCGAUAAGCCGGGGUCCCCCCGCGCCCCCGCCCGCGAGCGUGGGCCCCGCUCUCAGCGCUCUGCUCGUGCACAUGCUCAACCGAGACCCUACACUAAGACCCACCGUCCACGAGAUCAGGAGACACGCAUGGGUGCAGGCAACACCGCCCUUCGAACCGGGCGAGAAACUAGUGAAUCCGAGAUCUCGACGUUCCGACGAGCUUCACACUUCGACUGUAAUACCGUAUCUCGUCGAGAGGCAUUACGCUUCUGCGCAGGAAUACUUCACCGAAAGGGACCUGCGGCAAGGGCUGGGUGACGGCGGCUCCCGGACGAUGUCGACUGCGGAAUUGUCUGACGGAGGAUCGGGGCAGCACAAGAGGCGAUGGCACUCGUCGUGCGGCCGGCUGCCCUCGUGCCGGCUCACGUGAUGGACGCGUGACGCAGCAGAUAAACUGCCUCCAUAAAAGCAUCGGAUCAGAUCUUGAGCGUCCGACGAAAUAAUAUCGGGGAUCGGUUACAAAAAAAGAAUAAUAAUAAUAAUAACAGCACCGGCUCGGAUCUUGAGCGUCUGGCGAAAUAAUAUCGGGAUCGGUUACAAAAAAAUAAUAAUAAUAACAGCACCGGCUCGGAUCUUGAGCGUUCGGCGAAAUAAUAUUGGGGAUCGGUUACAAAAAUAAUAAUAAUAAUAAAAGCACGGAAAGGAUCUUGAGCGUUCGGCGAAAUAGUAUCGGGAAUCGGUUAAAAUAAUAAUAAUAAUAAUAAGUAAUAAAAUAAUAAUAAUAAUAAUAAUAAUGUAAUAAUAGCGCCAAGGUCAUGCACAACAGUGGGGUGUGCAGUCUCAGGAAAUAUUUCCUAUCGAGGGCUGACAGUGUGAUGCACAGAGAGGUCAUGGAGUGCGACAAAGGACUGACCCCGCUAGCCCUGGCCAGAGACGGGUGGCAAUCACCGGCGGUACUCAGUACCUCUGACCGUGAGGCCAUAUGGAAAGGGAAAGAGCUGCACGGACGCUUCUUUCAGGCACUGCAUGAGCCCCACGUGGACAAAGAAGCCUCCGUGCACUGGCUGCGAUUCGGUGACCUCUUUGGGGAAACCGAGGGUUUUGUCUGUGCAAUACAGGAUCAGGUUAUCAGGACGAACAACUAUAGGAAGCACAUUCUGAGGGAUGGGACAGCUGACAUCUGUCGAUUAUGCCGCCGACCGGGUGAAUCCCUCAGACAUGUCACCUCUGGUUGUUCUAUGCUUGCUAACACUGAGUACUUGCACAGACAUAACCAAGCAGCCAGAAUCCUCCACCAAGAGCUCGCCCUUAAGUAUGGCCUCAUCGAACAGAGGCUACCGUAUUAUAAGUACCAGCCGGACGCUGUACUCGAAAACGACCGUGCCAAGCUCUACUGGGACCGGCCCAUCAUUACGGACAGGACUAUUCUUGCGAAUAAGCCUGAUAUCGUGCUGAUGGACCAGACGGAGUCUCGGGUAUUUCUGGUGGAUAUCACCAUCCCCUACGACGAGAACCUCGUGCGGGCCGAGGCAGAUAAAAAGACCAAAUAUUUGGACCUGGCGCACGAGGUGACCGAUAUGUGGAGGGUGGUAUCUACAGAAAUAAUCCCGGUAGUUGUGUCGGUGAAUGGUUUGGUCCCUAAAAGUCUCUCAAAACAUCUCGAGAGGCUUGGUCUCAAUAAAAAGUCGGUGGUGGCCCAAAUGCAAAAAGCAGUCUUGCUCGACAAUGCCCGUAUAGUUCGCCGGUUUCUCUCCCAAUAGUCCCUAACGCUCCGGCCGAUUGUUGCCCACCUCGCCGGAGUGUGUCCUGCCGUCUUCCCAGGCGUGGCAGUGUUUAAUACACUAUAAUAAUAAUAACAACAGCACCGGCUCGGAUCUUGAGCGUUCGACGAAAUAAUAUCGGGGAUCGGUUACAAAAAAAAAAAAAAUAAUAAAAGCACCGGCUCGAAUCUUGAACAGCUCUUUAAAUAAAUAAAAAAUUAGUAACGGUGUAAUAUUUCUAUACAAGGUCUCAUGUAUAUUAUUUUACUGGUGGUAGUCUUGAGUUCGUACGGGUAGGUACCGCCACCCCGCCUAUUUCUGCCGUGAAGCAGUAAUGCGUUUCGAUUUGAAGGAUGGGGCAGCCGUUGUAACUAUACUUGAGACCUUAGAACUUAUAUCUCAAAGGUGGGUGGCGGCAUUUAUGUUGUGGAUGUCUAUGGGCUCCAGUAACCACUUAACACCAGGUGGGCUGUGAGCUCGUCCAACCAUCUAAGCAAUAAAUAAAAAAAAGAUGUCUAUGGGCUCCGGUAACCACUUAACAUCAGGUGGGCUGUGAGCUCGUCCACCCAUCUAAGCAAUAAAAAAAUUGUAUAGUAUGAAAUCUGGACUAUACAAUGUUGCACUGAAUUGUUUGUAUGCUUGUUACCGCCCGUAGAAUGAACCGUGAAGCUACCUUGAAUAAGCAUAGUUGCUUGGCGGGUGUGGGCAGGACAGAUGCACAGUUCGCGACAGAAGGCAGUUUCCUUAUCAAAUUGGAUACGGGUCGUUGUUGGUGCAGCUGUCCAUGAACGCACGGACGCGCUUGCAAGAACUACCCGUAACUGGUUUUUUAAAGAGGUUGAACUCCAAUUAUUCUGAUAAACACACAUUAAGGAUGUUUCAACUUUAGCUUCUGUACAUACUAAUUGAGAUCUUACAUAAAUAUAUUUAUUAAUUAUUAUUUAGAAAAGAAGCUAUUGUUUAAUUUAAAAAAAAACCCUAAACAAAGAGCUGAUAUGUUAUUUUUCUAUAAAAGAUAUUAAAAAUAUUUUCUGAUCUGUCGAUACGAUCAUAACACGUCCUGUCCAAAAAUGUAAAUCGAUGCAAACAAGAAUGAAUCGUCCCGAUAUCGUGUUCGUCUUCAUGUAACCAAACAGCUAUAAAAUUCCCUACGCACCGAUGACAACAAACGCUCAAGAUCCGACCCGAUUAUUACACUUUACGACUUAUUUACUUGACACAUGAUCCAAAUCACCAAAACUCAAACCUCCAAGACGACUAUUAAAAUAAUCGAAUAAAAUUGUACUGCCAACUGAAGAAAUAAAGUGCCUGAUUCUAAAAUAGUACAUCUCGUUUGGUCUCGUUACGUUGAAUUGUUGAAAUAUAUAUAUAAUUAUAAUACUCUGUAUUUAUCCCACCGUAACUGCAUUUUUCAUUUGCAGAUUAUGUAUUAGAACAAGUUAAGUAAAUGUAAUGAGUAAUUGAAAAUGGCUUUUACGUGUCGAGAAAUAACGUAACGAUACUUUAGAAAUGUGCUAAAGAAAUAUUAAAACAAUAUUGUAAUGUAAAAUAAAUUUGUUGAUAUUACUGAAAAUAUGUAAAAUUUGUUAAAUCCUUUCGACAUAAUAUGAUAAAUAUGCCUCUUGGAAGAACUGUGUUCUAGUAAUUAAGUCGUAAAACUUUAAUUGAAUAGAAUAUUUGUUUACGUAAACAAAACUGUUUUCGACUUUAGAAAUACAGCAAAGUUAUGUUCAGUGUUGCUUUUGUUAAAAUAUAUUCCGGAUUGUUAGUGUUGCCAACUUUCUCUGCUGUUUGUUGUUUAAACAUUCGAUUUCAUAGUAUUUACGACGUAUGUUUGCACGCGGUGUCGUUUAUCUGUGAACUUACAUUACAGAAUCUAUUUUAACUUAAUGAUGAGUUAAAGAGUUCGUCUACGGUAUGAAUACUUAAUGGUAUUAGUUUGAAUUUGUUUGUAAAACAUUAUUUUGUAUCGCGGUAUAUCAUAUGAUUUAGUAUAUACAUACAUACCACUAGUAUUCAUUUCUGAAUGUCGUUUUGUUUGUUAAUGUACGUUUUUUUUUAUAAGUCAUUUUUAUAUGUAUAGAGAUUUUGUUGCACCCUUAAUAUAGUGCGUUAGUUACAAUUGACAUAUACAUUUGUAAAGUAGUACCUGUUUUAAACUAUUGUUGGCGCGUUUGUAUAAGAUUAGAGCGUUUUUUAGCGUAAUUGAGUAGAUCUCAAAUUACAGUGGCAAUAAAGAGAUAUAAAUAUUUUUAUACUUACAUAGGACUUAGUUUGUCACUUGCCGAACAUUGAGGAUCACGUUAAUUCAUAUUAGUUACAUAUUAAAUCGAUGCGUGAAUUAAUUUGCGAAUACAUAUCUGAAAUAUAUACCUAAAAUUUAUUAAGUAUUAUUGUUUGUUCGACUGCACUUUGAAUGUUUUGCAUAAUGCCGACCGCUCAGUACUAAAGUCGGUUAAUAAAUGACGUUAUUUUGAUAUGCAAAUUUACGGGCAUCGUAUUGUUCGAUUAUUUAUUAAAAUCGAGCUACAUCUUGCAAAAAACGCAAAAAAAGUAUUUACAUUGGCGAACCGAUACGAAUUAUUUAUCCUUUUUUUUUUUUAAUUGUAACGAAAAGUACAAAUUUGUGUGAGUGUUUUUUAAUUAACUAAACGAUAAAGUACUGAGUGGCUCAUAAUAAAUAGGGCAACGUCGUUCAAUGAAUUACAGUAUUAUGAGUUCAGAAAUACGGAGCUAAUAUAUACUAAAUCAGCAAUAAUUUUGAAUCGAUUGACUGAAUUCAUCACGAAAGUUCAUUGACCUCACUUUUUAACCGUCGCUUUAGAUUAUAUCAUAAUAAUAUAUCUAGUGUGAUAAUUAUUGAAAAAAAAAAACCUAUAUUUUUCGAAUAAUGGAUUAUAUGUUUAGUAACUAACUGCUUAGUUAAUUUUUGAGCAGUGCGUAGUUUUUGCUUCAUAAGAGCUUUGGUGGAAUAUCAAAAGGAUCGUCGUGUCUGUGUAUCGUGCUGUGUGUGCAAUUUUAGAUGAAAAGGUUUCGCUCUUGAUUAGGUUAGGUUAGCCAUAUUAUAAUGAGAUUAUCGAUUUGCUGUUAUGAUCUCUGAUCGCCAAAGGCGUAAAGAAGAGUAUUUUAGAUUCAAUAUGUUUUAUGUAUUUACCUCAUCACUAGUAAUAAUAUAGUUUUUAAAAAGUGAGGUCACUGACUUUUCGAUUAGGUGCAUACCUAUAAUUGAGCAUACCUAUAAAUGGAGUGGAUGUUUAUUUAGUGCCUGAACAACAAAAACAAAAUUUAAAAAAAAGAAGAAUAUUAAUAUAUUGUAAAUAAAAAGUGAAAGUAAAAUUUAA